AUGUCGUCUACAACUGAAGGCCAGCAAAAGCCGACCGGAGAAGGAAGCACCAUUCUUCUGAAUGCCUUCGACUUUUUUGGGCCGGGGAUGCUGUCCCCUGGUCAGUGGAAGAAUCCUGCCGAUAAGGGUCUGCAAAAGUUUGACAUUUCGUUUUGGGUUGAAUACGCGAAACUCCUAGAGAAGGGAGGCUUCUUUUCUCUUUUCUUGGCAGACACUCUUGGCGGAUACGACACCUACGGUGGGAGUAUAGAUGAGACAGUCAGGCGAGCUACUCAGUAUCCCGCAUUAGAUCCCUCUAUUCCAAUCGCCGCAAUGGCAGCAGUUACCAAAAGGUUGAACUUUGCCAUCACCAGCUCAACGUCUCAUGAGCCGCCCUUUCUUCUAGCAAGGCGGUUUUCGACUCUUGACCACAUCACGAACGGUCGUUUUGGUUGGAAUAUUGUCACUGGGUGGAAGAAGUCCGCCUUUCAGGCCAUUGGCCUUGAUGAGGCAUUUGAGCAUGACUUGCGUUAUGAGAGGUCUGAUGAGUACCUCCGAGUACUCUAUAAGCUCUGGGAGGGCUCUUGGGCCGAUGACGCCGUUGUUGAGGAUGCUGAAAAUGAUGUAUACGCUAAUCCGGAUCGCGUUCGCACAAUCAAGCACGAAGGCAGAUUCUUCAAGGUGACCAGCAAACACAUUGUACCGCCAUCACCCCAGCGUACUCCAUUUCUCUUCCAAGCCGGGACUUCUGGAGCCGGCGUCAACUUUGCCUCGACCCACGCCGAGGCAGCUUUUGUUGGAGGCACAACUCCUUCACAGACGGGUCCCAAGGUAGCCCAGCUUAGGGCUGCAUUGGCUGCAAAAGGGAGAGAUCCUCGAGCCUUCAAGGUCUUUAUCAGUUUUUGCCCUAUACUUGGUAAGACGGAUGAGGAAGCCCAGGCGAAGCUGAAGGAACAUAAGAAGUACGCAAGCGUCAUUGGCGGACUGGUCCAAGUCAGUGGAGUCACUGGUAUCGACCUCUCCAAAGUCCCUCUAGAUCACGAGUUGAGUGCUGCCGAUGCUGGCCAAGCCGUGAUCAGGACUCAUCUGGAUUCCUUCGUUACCUCUGCCGACGGAGAAGCCUGGACAGCUAGACGAGUGGCCGAAUUUGCAUCGAUUGGAGGCCUUGCUCCAUUUGCGGUCGGUAGUCCUCAAACAGUUGCUGGUGAAAUGGAGCGUUGGAUCAAUGAGGCCGACGUGGACGGUUUCAACCUUGUUGCCGUGGUGACACCGGGGAGCUUUGAGGAUGUGGUCGAGCUGCUUGUACCAGAGCUGCGCCGACGGGGGCUAUAUCCGGAGUCAAGCACGGAGGAGUUGACUACGAGGGAACAAGUUCACGGAAAAGGGAAAAGGUCUCUUGAUGACAGCCACGUCGGCAGCAAGUACAAGUAUGACGUUUAUCAAGAGGAGUCUACCUAG